AAAGGAUGGCGGGAGAUUUCAAGAUUAGUAUUUCGAGAUUUAAAGCGCUCCCCAAAUUCAUCUAAUUUUGAUUUUGGGAGAGAAGCGAAGAACUCUCUGUUUUAGUUGAUGGAGAGAUACUUGGUUCCUGUGAACCCAUCGGCUGAGAGACGGAAAUCCGUGAAAAGGCAUCAAUGGAAGAGAAGUCUCGUCGAAUUAAAUGGAAAGUUCGAGCCAAAUUAUCGGCACCACCUUACUACUCUCAUAAUUCAAUCGUAUUCGGAGGUUGGAGCGUUUCCUCAUAAAUACCAUGUCAAUGGAGAACCAUGCCAGACUCAUGCUGAUUGGUUUAACAGCGUUGGAUUCAAUCAUAACCCAAGAGCAAUCAAAAGGCAGGGAAUCACAUCACUUGAAUAUGAUUCUAAGGGUGUAUACUUGGCAUCGGCUACAAAAUCAGGUUGCUUAACUGUGCACGACUUAGAUAUUCAAAGCCCAGAUUUGAAAGAAGAUGAAGCAAAGCAGUUACUGCACAUAUCUAUGUAUCAACAACUUGAUGUCGUUCGGUGGAAUCUUGCAAACCAAGAUGAGAUUGCCUGUACAUCAAUGAAAAGCAGUGAAGUUCAUAUUUUCGACAUUGGGUUCAUCUCAUCUGAACCAGUUCAGGUGUUGAGGAAAAGACCCAACGUCACUGUUCAUGGGUUCAAUGUUCAGAAAGGCUUUUCUGACAUUUCUUUUUCUUCUGAUGACAGUUCGAGGUUGCUCGCAUCUGAUACUAGUGGUGUAAUUAAUGUGUGGGAUAGAAGAGUUAGUGAUUUUCCGUGUUUGGAACUCACAACAAAUUCUACUGACUCGCUUAAUAGCAUCAAGUUAAGUGGGGAUAAUGAGAUUAUUUAUGGAGCUAGCAAGCAGGGAACCAUAUUUAUGUGGGACCUACGUGGAGGAAGAUCAUAUACUGCUUUUAGAAACAAUAAGGAGGAAUACUAUUCUCCUUUGUUAAAGGUGAAGUUGGCACAUGAGCUGGAGAAAAUAUCUCCAUUGAAGGCUCAAUCAAAUAUUAUUUCAAAGGAGAUACACUCGAUUGAUGUUGAUCCAUCUUGUCCUUAUCAAUUGGCAUUUCAUCUUGAUGAUGGAUGGUCAGGUGUCCUAGAUACCACCAAGUUUCAAGUGACACACAUUCAUUGUCCUCCACCUUCGUGGUUGGAUGAGCAAAAUGAUUUGGCCAAUCUCUCGUACUUGAAAAAGCCAUGUUGGCUACCAAUUAACUCGAUUUAUGCUGUUGGAUCAUCCAGCAAUGGCCUUUAUCUUUUGGAUUUCUAUCCAGACUGCACCUCUCCUUGUCAUGUGGACUACAAUAGUGAGGAUAUACAUAGCACUGGAGAAGCAACCAGCCAGCAUAUGCAAAACAGAUAUCUCCCGUUGUCUGAAAGUGUUACUGCAUGUGUGGCUCAUCCUCUGAAUGGCACCAUUGUGGCUGGAACUGAGUUGUCAUCACUGCUCGUGAUAUCCCAAUGAAGAUGUCCUGCUUAGCUGCAGAUGGUCAUCUAUUUUGUAAGAUAGAUAAAGAUCUGAGGAACCUCAAUUGCCAAACCAGAGCAUGGUACAGAAUCUUCAAAAUGUUAUGCAGCAACCCACUGGUUUUAGCUCUUGAGGUAAUUUUUCAAGUUGUUAACAGAAGUCAUGCAUGUCUAACACAUUACGUGGAAAAUAUAGGAAGACCCUGAGCCUGUGCUAAAUUGAGUACAGCUAGCUGCUCAGAGUCAUGACAUGAUACAAGGAAAUCACAUUUCUGGCAUCUGUUUGUUGGAUUGACUAUGAAGCUACACGCUACAUUUCUACUGUGAUAUAGCUGAACUUCACCUUGUGGAUUCCAGUUGAAUACCAUGUUUAUUGUUUCCUGGUUUUUUAACUGUGGUAAAAUUUUGGCAAGGUGGUUCUAGAUGAGAUGAAAUUAUUAAGCAUUAGACUAGUCGUAAGGUGAACUAGAAACUAACUUGAAAAAUACAUAAAUGCAGUAACACAUGUAGUGCUUUGAUAGUUCUGAGACCUCGAGUAUGGAUAAAUGAUAAAUCUCGUUAUACAAGAUAAACCUUGCUUCUAUGACUAUCCCUGCGUGGGUUCUUUUCCCUUUUCCUGUUGCGCACAAUGUCUUUUCUAGAUAGUUCCAAUUGAAUUUAUCCCACAAAUGUAAGCCGACAAUGAAGUUUAAUGCUCAUCUUAUCAGUUGAAAAUGAGACACUUAGACGGAGUGAUAAGAUAAUAGACUAGCUUGUACCAUUUCUCAUGAGCUUUAGGCAAGAAAUAUGGGAGAGGUAAGCGGCUGGCGGACAAGAAAUAUACACAAAAUCUUGAUGAUCUCGUACGUUUUUCCACAUUCAUCUACACCUAGACAUUGAUUUUAUUUUUGCAUAUUUUUUGGUGUGUUGACAAAUAAUAUAAUUUGCUCUAAAGUCUAAAUCACCCCCAUUAAUCUUAAGUGAGGUUCACGUCGAGCUAAAGACAUCACAUCGACCACUACAAAAAAAUUAGUGGAAAAGUGAUGUCAAUUCAAAUGGAUGUUAAUUAUCAAUGUUAUUAACUGUUGAUAGCGAAAUUAUUAAAUUUUUAGUAGUUGUCGACUAAUAUUUCGAUGUAUCUUUUGGCUAUUGAUGUGGAAUCAAACUAUCCAAACUUAAUAAACAUAGAAAUCGGGUAGAUAUGAUAGAUAAAUGGAUGGAAGGAGAUUUGGUUGCUUUGUUUUCAUCCAUCCGUAUGGUUAAUUUCCUACUCCUGUUCUUGAGUUUGUUAAUGGUUGCGUCGGCAAUAAGAAAGCAGGAGGUAUGAAAUGAUUAGCAGUACAUUUUUCCGUAGUAAACAUCUUUUGUUUUGGGCUCCAUUUUAGUUACACUUUCUCAUCUUUUUAGGGAUUUAAACAAAGUCUGGUGUUGUGGACUUUGAACACUCACUCAUACAUCAUAAUUUUGUUGUGGGCAAGCAAUUAUAAUGCUCCAAUUUAGAGAGGAUGUAGGUAGGUCAAAUCAGAACUUCUAAUCAAUGCUUUAAUUAACUUAGAAUUAGAAUUUCCAGUCUUCUUUUUUAUGUGGACAAAUUCAAAUUUCCAUCAUAAUCUUCCGUCAUCUGCACAUAAUUAUUAUGUUAAUUAUAUGGACUAAUUCAAUUCCAUCAUAAUCUACCAUUCUGUCUUUCACUUUCAGUUGCAUCAC